CGAGAGCGGCGGCAGAGGCAGAAACUCGGCCGGGUGGGCUGCCCUUCCCUCGCCUGCGCCGGCUGCUAGACAAAGGAGGAAGAGGCGGCGGCGGAGCGUGGGGAGAACCCGCCCGCUGGACUGAGCGCGAUGCGGCGCGGGUCCGCCUGAGGAAAGCGGCGAGGCGGCAACGCGGCCUGCCUGGCGUGGCGCCGGUAGAGGAGGAGGGCGGCGGCGGCGGCGCGCCACAGACCUUUCUUCGGCAGAGCGGCAGAGGCCGAGCCGCUCGCCUCCACUGCCAUAGUAGCGACGGCUUUGUGAGGCCCGAGCCGGAAGCGGCGGCCGAGUAAGCUGGUGGGCAGGCGGGCAGCCGCGGGAGAGCUCGGCCGGCGGGGAGACCUCCCAAGCGGGUGGGGGCUGGCGGCGGUGCCACCGGUGCUGCUGCUGCGGGUGCAGAGGCCCGGAGGCUGGGUCGAGCCGCGGCAGGGGCCCGGCUGGGCUGCUCAGCAGAGGCGAGCCGGGCCCGGGCGAUGGAGACGCACAUCUCGAACCUGUUCCCGGAGCUUCUGGCGAUGAUCUUUGGGUACUUGGAGGUGCGGGACAAGGGCCGAGUGGCGCAGGUGUGCACGGCCUGGCGGGAUGCCGCUUACCACCGCUCGGUGUGGCGGGGCGUAGAGGCCAAGCUGCACCUGCGCCGCGCCAACCCGUCGCUCUUCCCCAGCCUGGCAGCCCGGGGCAUUCGGCGGGUGCAGAUCCUGUCAUUGCGCCGCAGCCUCAGCUACGUGAUCCAAGGUAUGGCGGAGAUCGAGAGCCUCAACCUGAGCGGCUGCUACAACCUCACCGACAACGGGCUGGGCCACGCCUUCGUGGCAGAGAUAAGCUCACUGCGGGCGCUCAACCUGAGCCUGUGCAAGCAGAUCACCGACAGCAGCCUGGGCCGCAUUGCCCAGUAUCUCAAGGGCCUCGAGGUGCUGGAGCUUGGAGGCUGCAGCAACAUCACCAACACAGGCCUUUUGCUCAUCGCCUGGGGCCUGCAGCGCCUCAAGAGUCUCAACCUGCGCUCUUGCCGUCACCUUUCUGAUGUGGGCAUUGGGCACCUGGCGGGCAUGACUCGAAGUGCGGCGGAGGGGUGCCUGGGGUUGGAACAGCUCACAUUGCAGGACUGUCAGAAGCUCAGUGACCUCUCACUCAAGCAUCUGGCCAGAGGCCUCACCCGCCUGCGCCAGCUCAACCUCAGCUUUUGUGGGGGGAUCUCAGAUGCAGGGCUGGUGCACCUGUCACACAUGAGCAGCCUUCGCACCCUGAACCUACGCUCCUGUGACAACAUCAGCGACAAGGGCAUCAUGCACCUGGCAAUGGGCAGCCUGCGCCUCUCUGGUUUGGAUGUUUCCUUCUGUGACAAAGUGGGAGACCAAAGCCUGGCCUAUAUUGCACAGGGCCUUGAUGGGUUGCGCUCACUGUCCCUUUGCUCUUGCCACAUCAGCGAUGAGGGCAUCAACCGCAUGGUGCGCCAGAUGCACGGACUGCGCACUCUCAACAUUGGCCAGUGCGUCCGCAUCACCGACAAAGGCCUGGAGCUUAUCGCUGAGCACCUCAGUCAGCUCACAGGCAUUGACCUCUAUGGCUGCACCCGCAUCACGAAAAGGGGCCUGGAACGCAUCACUCAGCUGCCCUGCCUCAAGGUGCUCAACCUGGGACUCUGGCAAAUGACUGAGAGUGAAAAGGUCAGAUCAUACUUUCUACAGAGCAGUAUUUAUCUUCCAUUCAUUCUGUGGCAGAGGGACUACCAGCAGUUCUUCAUGGUCUCUGUACAUCACACACAUACGGGCUUUGCCGCGAAGUGCAAGACCUGGAUCCAAGAAAAACUGCAACAGAUACCUUGUAGCCCUAAUAACAUCCUUCUGAACAACAGAAGCAAAACACUCCUGUGUUCUGAGAACUAGAUUGUGUACAGAUGUUUCUGAUUUGCAGAGUGAGUGCUCUGUAAACAUUCAAACCUUUUCGGUCAAACAUGAACUACCACACUCAGGAGUUACCAGUUCUUCCUGUUUUCAGCAGAGGCUGGCUGUGGAGAAUGCUGAUUGGCUAGAUCUUGUGCCACUAAUGAAGCCACUGUUCUUAUCCAGACCAAUGCUUCAAGUUUUUACAAAGGUGGUAAUACGUAUUUUAAGAGGCAAACAUAAUGGGUGUGGGGGAUUGCUUAGUCUAAAAACCUACCUGAAGCACUGGGAAAAUAGAAAAAAUACUGUUCAAAACGGGGGAGGGGGGCAAAGUUCAUCCUAUAGAAGCAACCUACUGCAAUGCCCAUAUGAACUCCAUUUUGAUUAUUAAUUUAUUAGCUUUAUAUUCCACCUUCUCCUUACAGAGAACUCAGGGUGGCUUACAUCAUUCUCCUCAUGCUCUCAAUUUUAUCUUCACAACAACAACCCUGUGGAGUAGGUAAGACCGAGAGUCUGUGACUGGCCCAAAGUCACCCAGCUGGCUCCAUGGCUGAGCGGAGACUAGAACUCAGAUUGCCUCAGUCCUGUGUUUUUAACCAUUACCCCAUGCUGGCUCUCUCAUUUUGUUUCUUUAAGAGGCUAUGAUCUAAAAGCAAGCUGAUACAGUUAGAACUUGUUUUAAUGUGCAAUAAACUUUGUUCUAAAACACAGUAAAAAUCGAAGGGGUUAAGGUAUGUAUGUACAACUCCCAGCAUGCCUUAGUCUAAGCAUUCAUACUAUUGUAUCCUAAAGUAUUUAACUUUAAGUGUAAAAAAUGUUUCAGGUCCUCUUAAAAAGAUGCAUUACUUAGGUGAGCAAUGUAAUGCAUAGGUUACAAUCCCAUAAAUGUUUACUUUAGACUUUUGAAUGAAUAUAAACAAUAAGUUUGGGAUAGAAAGGUGAAUACAGAUGGCUACUUGGCAUGUUGUAUUUAUUUACUGCAGUGGCAUUUUCUUAUAGUACAAUCCCAUCCCAUACAUGUCUACUCAAACAUAAAGCCCUAUUAAGUUCAAUAUGACUAACUCACAAGUAAGAUUGCAGCCUAAAAGAAUAUAUAAAACUGCAAUACCAUAAGCAUUUUUCUGGGAGAAAGUCAGACUGAACUGAAUGGGGCUUAUGUUUAAGCAACCAUGCAUAGGAUUGCACUGUAUCCAAUCUGUUAAAAUAAAGCAUUCCUAAUGCCAUUCACAAAGAUUAAAAAAUGAAAUCACAUUAAAAAGGUGGUUCUUACUCUUGUGUAUAAUACCUGAAACUUUGUCAGAUGCAGGAAGUAAUUUUAGUGCUUGGUAAUAAUGCUGAGAAAAAAACUUGAAAAUGCAACUUUAGAAUGGAGGAUUCACUUGACAGCGUGUCAACUUGCUUGCCUGGAGGUUGCAUAUAUGUGUGCUGUAAUGCCACAUGGCAUGUAGAUGUCUGUAAGGUGCUGAAAAUGAACGGUCUGCAUUUGCUAGUGCAGGAAAUGGAAGCCAAGAAGGAAAAGAAUGAGGGGACAGUAAAGGCAAGGGAAUGGAUUUGAACAGCAUGACAGAAAAGCUGUUUCUUCACUGAUGUCCUGGUCUAGAGCAAGGAUAUAAACUGGAAAAAGCAGUAUCAUACUUCUGUCAUUAGCAUGGGAAACUAGUUAGAGUCUUUGGCAUCAAUCCUAUGAAUAGUAAGUGCAGUGUUAAAAGAUAAAGCUGACUUCCCCAACUUGCUGCCCUCCAGGUCUAUUGAACUUUAAAUCUCAGCAUCCCCUAGUCAGCUGUUGACUGGGGGAUGCUGGGAGUUGUAGUCCUACACAUCUGGAGGACACUAGUUGGGAAUGACUGGGUUACGGUCAAGAGAAUUUAAAUGUUAAAAGGCAGAUGUGGAAAUUGGGCAGUUCCUAAUGUGGCUUUCGAUCAGCAUGGUAGUCUUAACAAUGUUCUAAGCCACAUGGAAUUGAGGGAACAUCUAUGAACCGUAAGAUGUGGCAAUGCAAACUGAGCUAAAAUGUUUGAAAUAUUUGUGGUAAAGCUUCUACUCUUACAGUAAAAACAUAUGCAUAGUUACAGAGAAGUCCCACUGUGUUCAGUACAGCUUACUCCUGGGUAAGUUUAGACAGGAUUGUAGCCCUAACCUAUGAUUUUGUUUAAUUGUGUAUAUCCAAUUAACAAUUGGCUUCUUUACUCUCUUGCAUUUCUUUCAUUAUCUCUAAGGUUCAUAUUAAAACUGGUCACUCCGAACAGUGA